UUCUCCCAUAGUGCUUUGUGGUAUUGUGACAACAGGUCAGCUGAUUUCUGCUGCACCAAGGAUAAAGAUGUCGCUGACAAGCUGGCGAAGGAUGGAGGCUGUUUUCUCCGCGGUGUUUUCCCUCUGCUUACUUGUCACAACCGGUGUACAUGGAGACAGUUUAACGGUGCUGCAGUCUCCAGAGUUUGUGUCCUUCCAUAAAGGAGACUGGCCUGUCUCUGGAGAGAAGAUCCCUGACCUGGUGGCUUUAACCAUGGGCUUUUCUGUUCAAGAGGAUCUGUCCUGGCCAGGCCUUCAGGCCGGUCCUUUGUUCCAGCGUCCCCGGGCUAACGUACUGGUGGUGGUGAGAGGAGUUGAUAGCCUGGCCCUGCCUCAGAGUGUGGCCUCCUACCCCUUGGAGAAUCCGGUACCCUUCAACUUGGAUAGUGUUGCAGAGACAGUACACUCUCUGUUUGCUGAGGACACCCCUGUUGUGCUGCAGCUGGCCCCCAGUGAAGAGAGGUUGUAUAUGCUUGGCAAGGCCAAUGCUGUGUUUGAAGACCUGCCAGUCACUCUGCAGCAGAUCCGUGCCCGUCUGUCCCAGGAUGGCUCUGUGCUGGCUUCCCUGCCACUCAACUCACUCAGCAGAAAUGCAGAGGCUGAUUUGCUCUUCCUGUCUGAGGUCCAAGUGCUACAUGAUAUCACAGCUCUGCUGCAGAGACACAGACAUUUGGCAAAGGACCACUCUCCUGACCUGUACUCCUUGGAGUUGUCUGGUCUGGAGGAGCUCAGCAGGAUCUAUGGCCAAGACUCACCCCAGUACCGUGAUGCCACUGCCAUCCUCGCCUCUGUUCUGCAAAAAUUUGGAGAGGAUGUGUAUGGUCUCUAUGGCAACAGCGCUGUGGUGGAGGUUGUUACAGUUAAGACCUUUGAGGCUCCUUUGACCAGGAAGUCCCGUUCGAUCCUGGAAUCCAAACAGAUUAGUAACCCUGGCAGUCCUUACAACCUGGCAUACAAGUACAACUUCCACUAUGCUGUGGUCUUCAACAUUGUGCUAUGGCUGAUGAUCGCUCUGGUCCUUGCCGUCAUUGUUGUCGGUUAUAACCUGUGGAACAUGGACCCAGGAUAUGACAGCAUCAUCUACAGGAUGACUAACCAAAAGAUCAGGAUGGACUAAGUCCUGACCAUCAACACUCCAGCUGUCCUCAUAGAUCCCUCUAGUGAAUCUUUGUGUUUUGUGUGAGGUGUUGUUUAGUGAAAAAAAGCUUGAUUGGAGGAAAGGCGUGAUAUUGAGUCACCUCUUGCUUACAAUGUUGGCAGGAUAAUGGACAACAAACAUCAACAUUACAGUAGUAGUUCUUAAACUUGCCUACGUAAAUAUAUCUUCCACUGAAAAAAUUCUGGCUCCUUCACUUCAACCUCAGCUUACAUCAUUCCUUACGUUAAUUUCUCACUAACUUAAAUUUCAUUUGUUUCCCAUGGUGAUUGCAACUAUCUAACUGUAUUUUUUAUUGUGAAGACUUAUUGUAAUAAUAUGAAAGAAGGACUCUGGUUCCUGUGUGAAACUGUUGUGCUUGUCUUGCUGUGUGAAACCGUUUUAAGUUAAAUGAAAUCUGUGUGUAUAUAUUGAAAUGCAAAAGAUUUGUGCAGUGUUUAUUCUAGGUAGGUUUCACCCUGCUUUCUAUUCUAAAUGGUAAAUACAUAUUGGAUUACAUGAACUUGGGAUCAUUCUGUUGGGUUGGUAGGAAAGCUCUGUAAAUCACAAUAAAAUGCCUGCCAAUAAAUGAUUACAUGGAGCACUCUGAAUUUGGCUCACGUAA